AUGUCUUCUAACGAUCCUGCUUUGAACAUUCGUCGGGUUCAAUCGGCCACUGAGCAUCCCGAAAUUUAUCCAACACUAAGUAAUACAUCGCAAAAUGCAGCGGCUCCUGCAUCUCCCAUCAAUUUAGAUAGCCAGUUAUCACCUGAGUCGCAGCAACAGCAACAGUAUGCUGCCAUGACCCAAAGUUCUGGCGGCGACUCAAGUCGUGAACAUACAAUUUCGAAUGUUCCUAAUAAGGAAGCCCGUAUUCCUGCGGAUAAGGAAGAUUUGGAAAAACAACGACCUUCGGAAAAGAUUUAUCCUAGAAUUGAGAAUUCUGAACCUUUUAUUUAUACGCUUGACCCGAGUUCUUCAGAAUUCGCCGUCAAUUGGCCUUUUUCUCGUAAACUAAAAAUUACCGCUAUUUAUUCUUGGGCCGCCCUUUGUUCCACCUUUGCUUCGUCCGUCUUUUCCGGUCCCACUGAAGUCCUUCCUCAAAUCUAUCAUAUUCCCAUGACUGUCUCUCUUUUAACUAUUAGUUUGUUCCUUUGUGGUUACGUUAGUGGUCCUGUCUGCUGGGGUCCUCUGUCAGAAUUGUUAGGAAGAAAGCUUCCUUUGAUGGUCGUGGCUGUUGCUAAAGAUAUCCAAACAAUCAUGAUUUGUCGAUUUUUCAGUGGUUUCUUUGCUAGUGCUCCUUUAACAAUUGUCGCCGCUGCUUUUUCGGAUAUGUAUUCUAAUCGUUAUCGUGGUACUGCUAUUACUAUCUUUGCUGCCCUCGUGUUUGAUGGUCCUUUACUAUCUCCCAUUAUUGGUGGAUUUAUUACCAAAUCUUAUUUGGGUUGGAGAUGGACAGAGUACAUUACUUCGUUCAUGGGCUUCUUCGCUGUUCUCAUUAUACUUUUCUUUUGUGAGGAGACUUAUUCAAAGAAAAUUGUAGAAAGUAAGGCUUAUGAAUAUCGAUUUGAAAGUAACAACCACUUUGUGCAUGCCAAGUCCGAGGAGGAGAGAUUAACUGCCAAAGAUGUCAUCGAUAACUAUUUGUUGAUUCCCUUUAAGCUUUUAUUUACGGAACCCAUCAUCUUCUUGGUCACACUCUACUGUUCCUUCGUAUAUGGUAUUUUGUACUUACUUUUGGAAGCUUAUCCUAUUAUCUUCGCUGAAAAACGCCAUUUCUCAAUGGGUGUUGCUCAACUUCCUUAUAUCGGUUUGUUGGUAGGUGUUUUUAUUGGCAGUGGCAUCAAUAUUGCGUUCGAGCCUUGGUACUUUCGACAGGUGUUGAAGCUUGGUGGAAAGCCUUAUCCAGAGGGACGUCUGCCACCUUUAAUUAUUGGUGCUUUCACCUUCCCUAUGGGUAUUUUCUGGAUGGCAUGGUCAGGUCACUAUGCACAUGUUCAUUGGAUUGUUCCUAGUUUGUCUGGUUUGGUUACCGGAUGCGGUAUUUUGUUGAUUUUCUUGAAUUGUAUGAACUACCUAAUUGACGCUUAUUUAUUCCGUGCAGCCUCUGCGAUCGCUGCUAAUACUAUUAUGCGUAGUGCGGUUGCUGCAGGAUUCCCUCUAUUUGCUAUCCAAAUGUUCCAUAACUUGGGUGUUGGUUGGGCUGGCUCCCUUUUGGGAUUUAUCGCUGUUGCCUUGAUUCCUGUGCCCAUCAUAUUUUACAUCUAUGGUAAACAAAUCCGUUCUUGGAGUAAAAUGGCGGUUGUGCUUUGA